UAUAGUUAACAUUCAGCCUCUUAAAGUAUUAGUACACAGCAGUACAGUCCAGCAACUUGGCUCCAAAAGACCUGAGAAAGCAUUGAGAUAUGGAAAGAAGAGAUGUAAGGGAGAUGAUCACUGAUGAAAGCAGAGAUGCUAGAAACCGUCAUAAUGUCAGGACAGAAACAGAGAACUCAGACACCAAGAGACACCAAACACCUCGACACACAGGAAGUGACUGUGUGAAGAGCAGAAGCUCCAGAGCAGCUCCAGUGUGUUUGGUGCUGCUGUGUGUUCUUCUGCUGACUGCUGUCAUAGUGCUGGGUGUCAAUCUCCAUAAUAUGAUUGAGGAGUUUUACAUCAAGAACAAAAAUCUCACCGACGAGAUACAGGAGUUAGAAACCAAAAAAUCUAACUUGGACAAUAAUAUUAAAAAAAUAUCAUCUGAGAAAAUAACCCUAACUGCAGAAAAUCAAGACUUACACAAGAAAAUUAAAGAAUUGUGGCAGCAGAUAAGCAAAAUGGAUGGAUGGAAGUGCUAUCAAUCCAGUCUCUACUAUGUUUCCUCAGAGAAUAAGAACUGGACUGAGAGCAGAAGAGACUGUACAGAGAGAGGAGCAGAUCUGAUCAUCAUAAACAACAGAGAGGAACUAGACUUUGUGAAAACAGUUUCUGGUGGUUCUGAAGUCUGGAUCGGUCUGACUAAGGUGGAGGGCACAUGGAAAUGGGUUGAUAGCAGCAUACUGACCCCUGGGUAAGAAAUCACUGAUUUAAAAUAUUGAAUUCAACUUAAAAUAUUUCAGACUAUUAUUCUACUUCUAGAACCAAAUUGAUCAAAUGAAACGCCUUCGAACACUUUUAAGUUACAUCCACCAAACUCCGCACAGAACUACAGCCUGUUCUGACAAAGUCUACCAGCUGCCUAUUCAUCUAUCCAUCCAUUCAACUACCCACCGACCUAGCUACACACUGGCCCCUUUUGUCUGUACAACUAAGACUAUGAUUGCAACCAACAACAAACAUCAUAGAAAUGCCUGAGCCACCACAUAGCAUACCUUAGUACCCAAAACACCAUUGCAACAGCCUAGCAAUGCUCUACAACAACU